AUGCCUCCAAAAUCUGCAUCGAAAGCCAAGAGAGAAGCUAAAAAAGCUGAGAGAGAUGCUAAAAGAGCCGCUGAAGGUAAAACAGUUAAAAAAUCAAAGAAAACGGAAGAUUCAAAUACUGAAGAAGAUAAAGUUGCCGCAGAAAUUGAACAAUUGAAGUUGCAACAAGAUAAAGAUGGUAUAAGUGAUCGUGUUGUUACCGGUGUUUUAGACUCUUUAGCCACUUCUCGUGAUAUUAAACUAAGUAGUGUCUCUUUAUUAUUUCAUGGUAAAGUUUUAAUUCAAGAUUCCAUUUUAGAAUUAAAUCAUGGGAGAAGAUAUGGUUUGCUAGGACCUAAUGGUUGUGGUAAGAGUACUUUUUUAAAGAGUAUUGCCACCAGAGAAUACCCUAUCCCAGAAUCUAUUGAUAUAUAUCUAUUGGAUGAACCAGCUCCACCAACUGAGUAUAGUGCUCUGGAAUUUGUUGUUAGAGAGGCCCAAGCUGAAUUGAAGAGAUUAGAAGAUGAAGUUGAAAGAUUAAUUCUAGAAGAAGGUCCGGAAUCCGAAAAGUUGGAACUUAUUUAUGAAAAAAUGGACGAAAUGGACCCAGAUACUUUUGAAAGUAGAUCUGCUGUCAUUUUAAUUGGUUUAGGUUUUAAUGCUGAAACUAUCAAGAAGAAGACCAAAGAUAUGUCUGGUGGUUGGAGAAUGCGUGUUGCUCUAUCCAAGGCCUUAUUUAUUAAACCAACUUUAUUAUUGUUAGAUGAUCCAACUGCCCACUUGGAUUUAGAAGCCUGUGUUUGGUUGGAAGAAUAUUUAAAGAGAUACAGCAACACUUUACUAUUGGUAUCCCAUUCUCAAGAUUUCUUGAAUGGUGUUUGUAGCAAUAUGAUUGAUAUGAGACAGCAAAAGUUAAUGGCUUAUGGUGGUAAUUAUGACACUUAUUUGAAAACACGUACUGAAUUAGAGACCAAUCAAAUGAAACAAUACAAUAAGCAACAAGAAGAAAUUAUUCAUAUUAAAAAGUUUAUUGCUUCUGCAGGUACUUAUGCUAACUUGGUUAGACAGGCUAAAUCUAGACAAAAGAUUUUGGACAAGAUGGAAGCCGAUGGUUUAAUUCAGCCAGUUGCUCCAGACAGAGUGUUCAAUUUCAGAUUUCCCGAUGUGGAAAGACUACCACCACCUGUGUUGGCAUUUGAUGAUAUCAAUUUUGCUUAUGAUGGUAAACCAGAACAUUACUUGUAUGAACAUUUAGAUUUUGGUUUAGAUAUGGAUAGUAGAGUUGCUCUUGUUGGUCCAAACGGUAUUGGUAAAUCCACGUUAUUAAAACUAUUAACUGGUGAAUUACAACCACAAGGUGGUCGUAUAGUCAGACACACUCAUGUUAAAUUGGGUGUUUAUUCUCAACAUUCUCAAGAUCAAUUGGAUUUAACUAAAUCUGCUUUGGAAUUUGUUCGUGAUAAAUACAAUCAUAUUAGUGAAGAUUUCCAAUAUUGGAGAGGCCAAUUAGGUAGAUAUGGGUUGACUGGUGAAGCACAAACUGCCAAAAUGGGUACUUUAAGUGGUGGUCAAAGAUCUCGUGUUGUUUUUGCUCUUCUAGCUUUAGAGAAUCCAAAUGUGUUGUUAUUUGAUGAACCUACUAACGGUUUGGAUAUUCCAACUAUUAACUCAUUAGCUGAGGCUAUUAAUGCUUAUACUGGUGCUGUUCUAGUCAUUUCGCAUGAUUUUACAUUAUUAGAUCAAAUUGCCCAAGAUAUUUACGUUGUUGAACACAAGAAAGCCACCAAAUGGGAAGGUACUAUUCAAGAUUACAAGAAGAAGUUGGCUUCAAAGAUGACAUUCUGA